AUGUUGAAUUCAGAGAAGCUGCUAACUAAUCUCCGUCGCUUUAGGCAAACUUCCGGAAGAUUGGAAACUUCUUUGUGGCCCAUCAAAAGACGUGCUGCUGUUCUUGUUCUGCUGUUCAUCGGGUCAAGAGGAGAGCUCAGGGUACUACUGACGAAGCGAUCUCGAGGUCUCAAGAGUUUCUCGGGACAUGUUUCUUUACCGGGGGGCAAAGCCGACAGUGAGACGGAAAUGUUGGAGGAAAUGGCUCGCCGAGAAUCGGAGGAAGAAAUAGGAUUACCUAGAGACGAUAAACAGUUGUUGGGCAAGUAUGGAAUGAAGAUAGAUAAGAUUUCUACAAGGAUGCCCUUUUUUCUGUCCAGAACGUUUUUGAGCGUUAAUCCGAUGGUUUGCUUUCUUUAUAGCAGUCAAUGCAAUGAAAGAGAUAAAUAUUUAAAGCCCCUGGAUGGACUUCGAUCUUUUGGCAAGUUAAAUCCAGGAGAGACUUCUUCAAUUUUCUCGAUUCCAAUCAUUGAUCUCAUCGCACAUGGGGACAAAUGGAAAGAUUACUCCCCAGAAUAUCUGAACUUCACAAUUGCAAAUCGGCGUUGGGGAGGAUUACCAUGGGAAGUGCGCCACUACUUUUAUCCUCAAGAUAAUAUGAACGACAGCAAAUGGCUCAAUGACAUCUCCGAUCAAAGUUCGUGCGAUGAUGAACACCUUGGAACACCUUGUAAAAUUGUGUGGGGGUUAACGGCCAAAAUACUUCACUCAUUGGCAUGUAUCGCUGUGGGAGAACACUCGCUAAAUUACGGCCAUAAUGAUUUGAUCUACGCACUAUACGAACUUGGCGACCAGAUGAAAGACACUGAACGCUCCCAGUGGGAAGUAGGCAUGAGUAACGGUGGGAAAGGUUUCAAAUAUAAAGAUGUGCUACCACGAUAUUACCAUGACGCACUUUUGCAGAGAGGCUACGCAUUUUAG